GUGCAAUUAAACUUUAAUAUAGUUGUGAAACUUUAUCGUAAUUCGUGCUAGAUGGACAAAGUUUGUUUGAAGACGAAAACAGCUUCAACAUUUCUUGCUCUGUGCAGGUUCGGGUGGACAAGACUGACCGUAAGUGGAAAAAAAUGCUUUAUGGAGUAGCUGGACUACACCCAUCCAACCUCAGCAUACAACAGCAGAUACUGGAAAUGGCGGAUAGUAUAAUCAUAAGGGAGUUUGGUCUUCUCACAACAGCAGAGGGCAAGGUGAAAGAAGGAAGUGUCAUUGGCAUUACAGUUGACUCCUCCAAUAACCUUCACCUUUACUUUGAUGGGAAAGAGGUUGGUGUAACGGCUCAGAAUGUUCCUCGACCCUGCUACGCCGUCUUUGACCUCUGUAACCAGGUGGUGAAGGUGACGGCACUUCCUGUUGUAAAGUUAGAGACAGGUCACCCAGAGAGCGGAGAAAUGUCCUGGAAAAUUGUGAAAGAAAAAUAAACUUUGCGACUUGCAACAGAAACGCUUCUUCGUUUACCAGUGUUCAAACCACGCGAACUUCAAAAGAACCAUCUUACAGCUGUGUAAAGUACAGAACAGAAAAGAAACCCAACUCGG